CGGGCGAUGCUGGACCAGCUCAUGGGAACAUCAAGAAAUGGUGAAACCAAUCGCUAUUCGACCAAAUUCUACGACAACAAAGUAUGUAAGAGUUUUUUGUUAGGCUGCUGCCCUCAUGAGAUCCUGCAAUCCACGACACGUCGCCUCUCCCCCAACACUCACUCAGUAAUGUUCAGUUUUUGAUGGCCAAUGUGCCAAUUUGGUUGUUUGAAACAAAAACAAAAAAAAAAGAUAAAGUAAUGUAAAAUACCUGCUGAGGUGGUGUGGCGGCGGAGAUGUCGCUCUGAUCCGAUGAUCCGCAUGGACCUGGGCGAGUGUCCCAAGGUGCACGACCUGGCACUGCGGGCGGACUACGAGAACGCGGCCAAAUCCAAGGACUACUACUACGAUGUCGAUGCCAUGGAGCACCUGCAGGCGUUCAUUGCCGACUGCGACCGGCGCACGGACGCGGCCAAAAAGCGCUUGGCCGAGACGCAGGAGGAGCUGACGACGGAGGUGGCCGCCAAGGCGAACGCCGUCCACGAGCUGGCGGAGGAAAUCGGUAAGAAACUUGCAAAGGCGGAAGCCCUCGGGGAGGCCGGCCAGGUCGAGGAGAGUAUGAAGCUGAUGUCCGAGAUCGACGAGCUGCGCGCCAAGAAGGCCAAAGCCGAGCAGGAGUACCGCAGUGCGAUCCCGGCGAGCAGCUACCAGCAGCAGAAGCUGCGCGUGUGCGAGGUCUGCUCCGCCUAUCUGGGCAUCCACGACAACGACGUCCGGCUGGCGGACCAUUUCGGGGGUAAGCUACACUUGGGAUUCCUAGCGAUUCGCGAGAAGCUGAUCGAGCUGGAGAAGACUGCCGGGCCGCGGCAGAAGGAGCUGCGCAAGAACGGGCGCCGCGACGAUUACGACGACGGUCGGCGGUCGCGGUUCGUCGGUGGACGCGAGCUAGAUCGGCGCUCGAGGGCGCUGGUCAAGGAGCGGGAGCGGCGCGAUGGUCGCGCUGGUGGUUCCGACCGGGAUCGUAGACGGUCCUCGGAGCGUUCGGAACGGCGUCGCUCGAAAAGCCGCGAGAGACGCUCGCGUAGCCGUCACUCGGAACGCCGCGAAGGCCGCGAUCGCCGCUCGCGCAGCCGGGACCGCCAUUCGGAUCGCAGUGACCGCGACCGCGACAGCCGGCGGCGUCGUUCGUACUCCCGGGAGAGAUCCAGGCGGUAAGCAUUACCAAACACCUACAUCACCCAUCUUUGGACGCAACACUGAAUCGAUAGACCAGCCAGCUUAACUAAACAAUUGUUCCCCAGCGCACAGCGGUCGUCAACCCUUGGUCGGUAAGUUUUAGAUGGAAGAAAUGUCCAAAUUGGCAUAAAUCUCAAUGUGCUACCCGGGGGUUGACGAUCGUUGCCGCGUGGUUUAACGAUACAAAGGAAGAGUGUGAAUUUCAGACAGAUGAAGCGAGUAAAACUGGGUACGUAAGCGCUACCCUUUCAAGUUAACACACGCAAACACUACAAAAACAUGCAAGUAAUAACAAUUUUAACAGAUCAUCAGCAAAGAGUAAAUCUAUUCGUGGUAGAUUGUGUUUACGGAAGUAUCUUGUGUAAUUCAUUCUAUCGCCGGACGAAAGCAAACUUGGUAAGCGAAAAAAAAAACCCACACACUUAACAACAAAUUCCAAGUUUUAGUUUCUAUCUGUGUCAUAAGAAGGUGCUCGGCGGCAGCGCGCGUGACAACUUCAUACUUGCGCCAAUCGGAAAGCCGAUCAUUGGUAAGAAUCUUUUUUGAUUUUUCUUUUCCUUGUAAUAAAAUUUAUAUAUAAAAAAAUAGUUUACGUGUGCAAAGCAUGAACUCUUUUGCUCAGUAAAUGUGAGCAAAAGAAGAACGCCACUUUACAACUUAUAUACAUACAUCCCACAAUAACCAUGCUUAGCUCGUAAGAACUUAGACCACGAUGGAAACGUGAAAACGUUUAAAUUGCUAUUAUUAUUAUGAUUAUUAUUAUUACUAGACUUAUUCAUGAAUUAGGUGUACUUUUUCCGAACGAAUGAGCAAUGAAUAAAGAAUAAAUAAUUUUAAA